GACCGUCCGACAUCCGCAGCCUCCCAAACGUAUAAAAGGAGGGCCAUUUCGCUCAUCAAGUCCAUCCGCAUCAGCUACAUUCAUCGUCUUGACACAUCGCACUACUUGAUCAUGCCUGCUCCGUCGUUCACCCGCUCUAUCUCCCUGGCAGGCCAGGGAAGUGUCGCCCGGUCCUUCUCGAGGUCCAAGUACCCCAGCUUCUCCGAGGCAUCUGCGCCUGGCGCGCAGGGCCGCCCGAGCAGGCUCGAGCUGCAAGCAGUCUUGGCCCAUGCGCAGGCACGCAGGGGCGCUCAAGCUGCAUCGCACACAAACACCAACUCGGAUGAGGGUUCUCUCGUGGGGCUGGGUCUCCCCGCCGAGCUGUUCCCUCCCGCCCUCCGCGACACACAGCCGCGGAUGGCGCCGAUGGGGAUGAUGACUGUCAGCUACGCGCAGUCUCCCCUCAGAGGGGCUACAAGCGCACCGCCGACUCCCCCGCCUACCCCGCCGUACCCCGCCUCGCCCGAGAUCUCACUCGCGAGGAAGGCAUGGCCCAUCGACUACGACGAGGCCGACUUCAGUUUGCCGUCGACACCCGCUAGCACCCCGGCAGAGCCGACGCUCCGAAAGCCGCUGGUACGGCCGUCGCUAUUCAUGAUGCCGCACUUCGCUCGUGAAGCGUCCCAGUCAAAGCCUUUGCUCGGGUUGGGCAUCAUAGUCCCUAUGGUAGCCUCGCCUGCUGAGGCCAUUGCCAGCGCGUUCCCUGGCCCUCGCACUGGUCCUCGCCGCAUCACAGAGGACCUCGCCGCAGACCCAAUUGUCACUCCCAGCGAGCUGAUGGGGCGAAACUUCCCCCUCACGCCCGGCGCGCCCAUGAAGGUGGAGCGGCACUUCCCUUUGACCCCCGGUCUCCCGCUCUACGCGGCCGUCACGCCAGCCUCGAACGCGGCUCCGCGCGACUUCCACCGCACGCCUGGCGCGCCGCUCUUCCGCCAGCCGUCCCGCGCGGUCGUACCCAUAGCAGGUGCUUCUGCGCCUCAAAGCCUACUCGAGGGGCUCAUGGCGAACUGGGGAGGCUCGAAGCCCGCGUCGCGGUGCUCAUCGUCCGGCGGGCUGAGCGUGAAUGAGGACCAGGUGUUGGGUCCGACCCCUCUGCCUACGCCGGCAGAAAUGGUAGACAUGUAUUUCAUUUAGACUGUAAAAGCAGACUCGUCUUCCUGCUGGCAUGAGGAUGUAGUCAAAAACAA